AUGGAAUCCAUGCAACCUAAUGGUAACCCACUACGAGAUGUUCACAGUGCAGCUGGUGAGGAGCCAGAGUUUGAUUAUAUUGAAGGGAGUCCAAAGGGACCCCAACACUGGGGAGAACUUAAGCCAGAAUGGGCAGAAUGUAAGGAUGGGGUAUCGCAAUCUCCAAUUGAUAUAUUGAAUAAGAAUGUCAAAAUUGCCUCAACAGGUGACCUGAGGUUGAAUUAUAAGGCAUCUAAUGCAACUGUAAAGAAUACAGGUUUUUCUAUAGAGGUUGCAUGGGAGGGUGAUGCUGGAACAAUUCACAUCAAUGGCAAAGACUACCCCCUCCAACAAUGUCACUGGCACUUACCCUCCGAGCAUCUCAUCAAUGGCAAGAGGUAUGAAUUGGAGUUGCACAUGGCUCAUAUAGAUGCAUCAAAUAAAAUUUCAGUUGCUCAUGCCCAGUUCUACCAAAUUGGUGAGCCCGAUUCAUUCCUGUCAAAGUUCACAGAGGAAAUAAAAUCUUUGGUUAAAAAAAAGGAAGAGAGACCAAGGGGGGUGAUAGAUCCCAGAGACUCAAAUAUGGAUGCUGUCAAGUAUUACAAAUACAACGGAUCACAAACAUUUCCUCCUUGCGCUGAAGGUAUUACUUGGAUCAUCAAUGAAAAGAUAAAUACUGUUUCAAACGAGCAAGUACAGUUACUUCGUGAAGCUAAUUUCGAUUACGCAAAGAACAAUGCAAGACCUGUGCAGGCUCUCAAUGAUCGAGAAAUCUUUCGAUAUUGUUGAGUUAGUCAAUGACUAAGAAAUCUUCCAACAUGGGACAAAGGGAUUUCGUUCAAGAAAGAAGUAACUCUUCCUCUCUAUGGCUAGCA